AUGGAGGGUGACUUACCUGAUCAACAAAUUCAAGUCCAUCCUCAAGGCACACCUACUCAACAAUUGGACGAAACUGCGCAACUAUCAAGUUCUACGAUCGCCUUGGUUGAACCUGAUGUUACCAGCGCGGAUGCCACUGAAGUCGCUACCGAAGCAUUAAGUUCUACUGUUGAGAACGAUAGUUUUAAGACACCUAAUAAAUGUGGACAAAAAAAUGAUGACAAAUCAGUAUUGAAUGGAGUAGACGUUCGAAACUAUUUGCAAUACACUGCUGCAAUGAUUAUGGGUGUUCCAUUAAAAGACUUAGAAGAUCAUUCUUUGUCUUUGUUUGAAGCUGGAAUGAAUGAGUCAAAAAGCUUGAUAUUCAUGAAAAAAAUUGACGAUAUUCUUCCAGCCGGCGUUGAAAUAACCACGUCAUUCAUCUCUGAACAUCCAAAUAUAGAUUCGAUCGUAAAGUUCAUCAUGGACAUAGUCGAUGGAAAUAAACAUCCCGAAAAUGAUAAAGGGAUUCAAGUAGAGCAACUACAACAUUCUUUGGAAGACAUUGUAGAUAAAUACACUCUUUACAUUCGAGAUAGUUAUACCCAAUCCGAAAUAGUUGUUUCACAAAAAAUCACUAAAAAAGUUUUUCUUUUGACUGCAACUGGAUUUCUUGGUACGCAUAUUUUAUAUACGCUGUUGACUUCAACGUCUUGCAAAAUUUAUUGCUUUGUCAGAAAAAAAAAGAUUAGAACACCUAAACAAUCUCUUAAACGUGCAUUCUUACGUAACAAUCUGGACACCUCUUUGGUUGACUCUGACAGAUUGAUCGCCCUCGGUGCUAAUUUAUCUGAGCCUUAUCUGGGUUUAUCAGAAAACCAAUAUGAAAUCAUAUUAAACGACAUCACUACAAUAAUACAUGGCGCUUUUGGCGCAAAACCUGGUAUGCCUUUAACCGCUUAUGAAAGUUCGGCUAUUCUUGGAACUGCGAAUUUAUUACUUUUUAGUGCUCAAAAGGAAUUUCAUUUCAUAUCAAGUAUUGAUGCCUGUAUUAACAGUUCCUGGGAAAAUGUGCCUGAAGGCAUAUUGCCUUUGAAAGCUUCUAUCACUACCUGUGAUGGGUUUGGACUUUCGAAGUUAGCCAUUGAAACAAUCAUUACAAACACAUUUGAUUAUUUACAGUUGGAACAGGUCAGUAUCAUCAGAAUAGGUCAGAUUACUUCUCACACAGAAACUGGUGUAUGGGAUCCGAAUGAAUGGGUUCCAAUGCUUUUAGGAAUUGCUGGUUUAUCUGGUCGAAUGCCGACAUUUGACGCAAAUCUGGAUUGGAUUCCUGUAGAUAUUGCCGCAAAAGCAAUUAUAGAUUUAGUAUCAUCCGAUGUAAUAUUCCGAAUACAAGUGUUUCAUAUAAGUAACCCAAAUCCAACAAUAACGUGGGUGCAAUAUUUGGAUAAGCUUGAAGAAUCUGGAAUGAAAUUUUCUAGGCAAGAAUUACCGAAAUGGUUGGAGAAAUUAUGGAUUGAUGUUGAAGAAAAUUCUUUUGAUGAAAAUGUUUGUUCAUUAUUAACUGGACAUUUUAAUAGAAUGGCCUUCAAUCCUGAUAACGACAAAAAAAAUCGUGCCUUACUAGAUCUAACAAACACAAAAUCACUGACUGGUGUAUUGUCGACAUGUCCAAGUUUAGAUAAUGAAUCUCUAAUUAAAUCUAAUAUUGAUUGGUUAAAAAAUACUGGCCAUUUAUCAGAAAUUGGUUUAGAUCAACAAAAAUCAUUAUCGAAAUCAAGACUUGACCCUGGAUUUUGGGAUUGGAUUUAUGUUACCAUACCUUUGAUGGUCCUAUUUUUUAUUAUUGAUCUUUUAUGGAAUAUCUUCUCGAGGAGUUUUAUGGAAGUUACUGUUGUGGCAGGCUGGAUUGUUACUGUCAUGUUCGUUAAUGAUAACGCCGAUAAUCAAAGAUUAUUAAGGGAUACACCAUUGGAUACGAGAGUGGAUAUAAAAAGACAUGAAAAUAAUGGUAGGAAGAAAAAAAGGAUUAAUAGAAGAAGGAUUAAAAGAAAUGAUUAA